GUGGCACGGGGCUGGGAGGCCGCUGAGGGAAAUCGAGCGGCGGGGAUCCUCCAGGCCUCCGCGCCGUCCCUGCGAAGCGAGGAGGCGGCGAACUCGCGGCCUUGACGGAGGGGGCGCGGCCGUACGGGACCUCAUCAUUAUUCCUGAGCGGCGCGAGGCAUGCUGGGUGACCCUCGUUAAUAUUCAUUAGCCUCAUACAUAUUAAUACACUCAUGGAAAGCAGGCUCCUGGUCCAUUAACAUCGGUCUGCUGGCCAAGACAAGCUUGUCUUGAAGAGAUGAGUAAAUAAAGGACCCGCAUUUCAUCUCUUAGAUUUCUGCAUAUUCUGGGCAAAUCUUGACUUGAGUCACGCCAAGAAGCAGAAGGAAAAGCAACUGCUUUGUGGAGGCCUUUCUCUCAUUUUUAAAAGGAGGAUUUCACCAUCAGCUAGGAGAAGAUGGGCAAUGUGGAAAGCAGCAACUCUUACCAGAAACAUUUCUCCCGGUUUCUUUGUGAUGAGCAAGCUGACAUCAAUGGCGUCUUUUGUGCCUUAUCUGGAGCCGAUGAGGCCGUCCCCGUAAAGAUGGGGAAAGUGGCCCAGGCUGGUGUAACGCUUGAAGCGCUCAAGGCCUACGUCAAGGAUGCUGUGCCUCAGUCAAUGGUCAGGAGACUGUACAAUGGGAUGAAGAGCAUCCAGGUGACCCACAGGUCCCCAGAGCCUAGCACCCAGGUGGUAAAGGAGCAGUUCGUUAUCUUUAUAUCCACACUCUUCAAGGGCAGUGUGCAGGAAAAAAGUGGAAUUGUCCUGAAGAUGGUCUCCGACGCUCACGAGACUGUCAAGGAAAGUGAAAUCCUAGAGUUUGCAGAGGAUCUGGUUGGCUCUGUCGUUCAUGUCCUAAACUACAGGAAGGAGCUGAAAGGUUGGAAUCCAAAGAACGUACAUAAUUCAGUCACUGGGAUAAAAGCUUUGGCUUCUCAGCUGACCUCUGAACUGAAAUCUGCAGAGGGGGAAACCCUGGAGGGCCCGCCUGACCUGGACGCCACCUGCGACCAAAGCAGCUUGGAGGACUGGCUUUUCCGAGUCCCGCAGAUCCCUGCCUUCCUCAACGUGGUGGUUCAACAGGGCCUGCUCCUCCUGCAGUCUCUCCCGGACGCCGGCGGAGGGAUCCUCCCCUUGCUUCCGGAGUGCCACGGCCUGCAAGGGACCCGCUUCGUCAGCCUUCUCGACAUCCCCUCCAUCACCUACCUCAAUUCCCACCUGCCUUCGGAACUGCAGCAUAAAUGGCGGCUGGUCUUCGCCUCCCCGGUUCAUGGAGAGAGCUUCACGCAGCUGUGCGGCCACAUCGUGAACCAGGGGCCCUGCCUUCUGGUUCUGAAGGACACCGACGGCUAUAUCUUCGGCGGGUUUUCCUCCUGUUCCUGGGAGGUGAAGCCACAGUUUCAAGGAAACAAUGCGUGUUUUUUGUUUUCCGUUUUUCCCUCGCUCGCGGUGUUCACCUGCACUGGCUACAAUGACCACUACAUGUACCUCAAUCACAGGCAACAGACCAUGCCAAACGGACUCGGCAUGGGCGGCCAGCACGAAUACUUUGGGCUCUGGGUGGACAGUAGCUAUGGGAAAGGCCACAGCAAAGCGAAGCCUCGGUGCACCACGUACAACAGCCCUCAGCUGUCGGCCAAGGAGAACUUCCUGCUGGAUUCCAUGGAGGUGUGGGCUGUGGGAGACCUCCUGGAAGACAGCGGGGGAAAAGGCCAGAAGAGCAUCUUAGACACCGACCCAGAGGCCCAAGCUUUGCUAGAGAUGAUCGGGAAAAGCCGCCAGAGCGACGGAUUUCGGGAACCGGCUGAGGAUGAUGGAGACCACUGAGAUGACACCUUGGAAGUUUUUUCCCAAGUCUGAUCAGGGUUUUGUUGGAACACGUUCCUGGCUUUCUAUUUUCCACGCGUCAGUAUAGAUUACCCACUCUUAAGUGUGAUGAGGUUUCCUGAAAUAACAAUUCGUCUUUACCAACUUUGGACAUAUUAUCUGCGUGGGUUAUUUCCAGGGAUUGGGCCUGUAUUGUACUCAGUUCAGGAGCCUCCUUUUCUUCUUUUCACAUUAUUCGCAUUUCAUUGACACUUUCUGGGUGCCAGCCACUCACGUGGACUUCCAGAUUUCUGGUGGAAAACUAUUCCUGGAAUGGGCCCCAGUUCACUGACACAGUUCUCAAAGUUCAGCAUUUUCUAUGCAAACCAAUCUGUAUUUUGUUGGGAAAACUUAAAUGCCACAGAAACUCCUUUUUGGACUGUUGAAAUGCAAUAUCUAGAAGUCAGGAUUUCAUGUAUUAAUCACAUCCACAUAAACAACUGGAUCAUAUUUCAGUGAGUUACAGCAUGAGUCUCUUUUUAGAGUUUGGACAAAUUCUGGCUAUGAGUUUCCAGCUCAAUGGCACAUCCACAAGCCGACUGUUUAAGACUCGUGAAAUUAAGUCGAUUCCAAAUCUGCUGAUCGAAAAGAGAAGACCAGCCAGGCAUGGAUGAUUGCUAAACGUUGUUGCAACUCAGUUUUGAAUGACGAGACAUGAAUUUUUGCCAGUCCUAGUAAUAGCCGAAAUUCACUGAUUCAGAUUAGUCUGCCAGGUAUCCCAAAGAAAUAAACUUGUAUAAUCAGGA